ACGUGGAAAACCGAAAGUGAUCUUGAGUAUUUCUAGACUGUCCAUGACCUGGCUGAGGAGCAUUUUGCAGGCAAAACUGGACAUGAACAGGACGUGAAUACUCUCUGGUGGACCGUGUGGACCUUUUUGGAAGAGAAAACCGAAUUUUGAAAGCAGAAAUCUUUGCGUUCUCUCUGAGACAGCUUAACGAUGGGCUCGCCUUCAAGGUCAACAUCAGGAAAACCAACACUUUGUUAUUCAAGCACCAAUACAGCCGUACUAUUUCCAAAUUUUCUACGUUCAUCUUCCUUCCAAGACAGGUUUGGUUAGUUGGCUGGUGUCAUGGCGUCAUCUGGCCGUCUGCGCAAGGUUGUCAUCGGCGGGGGCCUCCUGGGAGCUGGCGCACUACUGGCCGGCUACGUUGUCAGCAGGAACUCGGCUCAGAAACUCUCCAAGAAUCGGCAGGCCCAUGUCGUGGCUGCUGAGCUGCGCAAUGCUCACCUCAGCAUGCCCCUGCCGACUCGAGAGCAGCAAAUGCAGUCACUGCAGAACACUCACGAGUUUGAUGUGCUAGUCAUUGGGGGCGGAGCUACUGGAUGUGGAGUGGCACUGGAUGCCGUCAGUCGCGGGCUGAAGACGGCACUGGUAGAGAUGUACGAUUUCUCGGCGGGCACCAGCAGCCGCAGCACCAAGCUGAUCCACGGCGGCGUGCGCUACCUGGAGAAAGCGAUCAAGGGCCUGGACUUGGAGCAGUACCGGCUGGUCAAGGAGGCCCUGCAUGAAAGGGCCAACCUGCUAGAGAUUGCCCCUCAUCUCUCCUCGCCACUUCCCAUAAUGCUGCCGGUGUACAAGUGGUGGCAGCUGCCCUAUUUCUGGGCAGGCAUCAAGAUGUACGACCUGGUGGCUGGUAGGCAGUGCCUGAAGCCCAGCUACCUUCUCUCCAAGACAAGAGCCUUGGAGCUAUUUCCCAUGCUCAAGAAGGAGAAGUUGGUCGGCGGGAUCGUGUAUUACGAUGGUCAGCAUAAUGAUGCCAGAAUGAAUAUCGCCAUCGCACUGACAGCAGCGAGGAUGGGGGCGACAGUCGCCAACCACACGGAGGUGCUUAGCGUGAUCAAAGGCAAGGAUGCAAGUGGGCAGGAGGUCAUCAAAGGAGCGCUAGUCAGGGACAAGAUGACAGGCAAGGAGUACAGCGUCCUCGCCAAGUCAGUCAUCAAUGCGACGGGGCCAUUCACGGAUUCCGUCAGGAAGAUGGCCGAGCCCGAGGCCACCACAAUCUGUGCACCCAGCUCAGGUAUACACAUCGUGCUGCCUGGUUACUACAGUCCAGAAGCCAUGGGUCUGCUGGACCCUGCCACCAGCGAUGGCCGGGUCAUCUUCUUCCUGCCGUGGCAGAACUUCACCAUUGCCGGCACGACGGACAACCCUUGCAAGGUGACGCACAACCCCGGACCCACCGAGGACGAAAUCCAGUUCAUUUUAAACGAGGUCAAGGAUUAUCUCAGUCCGGAAGUAGCAGUGAGGCGGGGUGAUGUCCUUGCUGCUUGGAGUGGCAUUAGGCCAUUGGUCAGAGAUCCAAAAGCCAAGAACACAGAGUCCAUUGCCAGAAAUCACGUCAUUGAUGUCAGUAGCAAUAAAAUGGUCACCAUAGCAGGUGGUAAGUGGACCACAUAUCGCAGUAUGGCCAAGGAUGCAGUGGACGCAGCCAUCAAGGCCUGCAACCUCCAACCCAAGAACGAUUCGCUGACCGACGGCCUGGUCUUAGAGGGAGGUCACGGAUGGACACCCAACAUGUUCAUCCGCCUCAUCCAGGAUUUUGGAUUGGACGAUGAGGUUGCAAGGCACCUGAGCGAAACGUACGGAGACAAGGCAGUGGAGGUGGCCAGGAUGGCCAACCUGACUGGCAAGAGGUGGCCAGUGGUGGGCAAGAAACUGGCCCAGCACUUCCCCUAUCUGGAAGCUGAGGUGGCCUAUGCAGUGAAGGAGUACGCUUGUACAGCUAUCGAUGUUCUUGCUCGGAGGACACGCUUGGCCUUUCUUAACGUGAUGGCAGCGGAGGAGGCCUUGCCCCGCAUCAUUGACAUUAUGGCCAAGGAGUUGGGCUGGAGUAGUGCAAGGCAAAAGCUGGAACUCGAGAAAGCCACAAGGUUCCUGAACGUGGAGAUGGGUUACAACUGUCACUCCUCCCUCCUGAAAGUCCCCAUUCAGUUCAGCAAUGAGGAGAUUGCUAAGUACACCAAGCGAUUCCAUCUCUUGGACAAGGACAGCAAGGGGUACAUCACGCCCAUCGACAUGCGCAACUUCCUGUCUAGUGUUGGUGAAACAAUAACUGAAGACCAGCUGCGCGACAUGCUGCAAGAAGUAGAUUGCAAUAAGAAUGGACGUGUUGAACUGGAUGAGUUCCUACAGCUCAUGAGUGCCAUCAAGACAGGUGCCAUGGCCAACGUUCGCCUGGAGAUUGCCCUGAACAUGGGAGCCCGCAAAGUGAUCUCGACAGAUCGCAGUGGCGGGGGUGUGUAAACACUACUGAGAUUCUGUAUUUCAAGCGUCAAUUGGUACAUGGUUUAUCUGCAGCAUCUCUGUGCCUGGAUAUUUCUGUCUGAAUGUUUUCCAAGCUAGAGCUGGCUUUGUAUCAUUUAGUCAUAUCUCCUCAUUCUUUCCUUUCCACAAGAUAGGUAUUACGUAGGGGUAGGUAUCAAUGACUGCCUUGUCCAGUAUCUAACUACGAUAACUACUGGGUUGUUAAAAUUGAAUUCGGUGACUGUAACUAUAAACCCCUCCCUUUUGAUGUCACGGUCAUGUUUUUGCCCACCAGUGGCUGGUAAACUAUGGCCAGCGGUCAGUUCAAAUGUAGAAGUUUAAUUCACAAACUGUUAACCACUUCCUGCCGGGGACUCCGUGAUCAGAGGCGUAUGGUUUAUAUGGGUGGCCGGGGUCUCCGAACUC